CCCUAUAAAAUGUCUAAAACCACAUUACAGACUUCUCCCAGAAACCUAGAGAAAUUUGCGAUUAAGUCUCGAAAUCUGAGAUUCAUUUGAGCUUCUUCUCCAUGGCUAAAAAAACACCGAUUUCGAAUCGACCUUGCUCUCUUGGACCCAGGGAAGACGUUCAGAAGAUAUUCAACAAGUUCGACACGAAUGGCGAUGGAAAAAUUUCCUGUGACGAGCUUAAACAUGUCCUCCACGCACUCGGCUCCGGUACCUCCCCAGACGAGGUCAAGCGCAUAAUGUCGGAGAUCGACAAGGAUGGGGACGGCUACAUUGAUCUCCAGGAGUUCGCCGACUUUCACUGCGGCGCUGGAUCGGACGCCGAUUCCUGCGUAGCCGACGCUAAAGCCGGAAACAAGGAGCUCAGGGACGCUUUCGAUCUCUAUGACCUGGACAAGAAUGGACUCAUCUCCGCGAGUGAGCUGCACGCCGUGCUUAAGCGUCUCAGAGAGAAGUGUUCGCUCAGUGAUUGCUCGCGGAUGAUUAGAUCGGUCGAUGCCGAUGGCGACGGAUGCGUCAACUUUGAGGAAUUCAAGAAGAUGAUGACCCGCUCCUGAAGUCAACGGUAGGUAUUUGAUCAUCUGAAACAACUUAUGAUGAAUUGAAGGGUUUAGAUUAGAAGUUUCCUUAGGCUAAGGUAGUCCGUAUUUGUAGAUAUGGUAAUUAAUAUUUGAACUUCAUUUGGGUUGAACUUGAUCACAGUGAUUUCAUGUUCCAGUAAUGUUGCAUUAGUUUAUUAGGUUGGAGUAGAACUAGAUUUACUAAUAUGCCACAAAGUAGUUGACGAAGCAAAAAUUAACAUUGUGGAUACUACUACUUAUUUCAUCUUCUUCAAACUUUGGCUAUUGAUUUCGCUUUGAGGAUGA